UCACCUCAUCACAUAUUGUAUAUUAUUUGUAUUAACCAUCGUGCGCAGAAAGAUUCUUCACAAAAUUUAUUUGUACUCCCUCAAUGCUAGAUGAAUGAAAUUAUCAUCUUCCAACUGACAUUGCCAUUGCCAUUUCUUUUUCUUUUCCACUUUACAAAAUUCAUUUUUGUUGUUUUGUGACCACUAAAAAGCCCUACGUAGCUAUAACCCUAUUCCCAUUUCUCAUUUCUUUAAUCUGCUAUUCCUUUAUCACUCUCAGCUGCAACAGAAGCAGCAAGAAAAAGCCCUACAUCAACCCCACUCCAUUGUCCUCUUCCUCCCUAUCUAUCACUCUGUUUAUUUCCCUCUUUAAUAACAUUACAACUAGUAUUAUUCAACUGCUUAAAAGGGAUUUGCAAAAAUACUCACAUGGAUCUUUCAUCUUCUUCUCCUUUACACUUCAUUUUCAGCUUCUUUUUUGCUUUCCUCAUCUUAUCUAAAGGUGUAUUAGGAGCCACAUUUACAUUUGUGAACAAAUGUGAGUCCACAGUAUGGCCAGGGAUUCUAGCUAAUGCAGGUAGUCCAACACUACAAAGCACUGGAUUCGAACUUCCGCAAGACUCUUCACGUACAUUCACUGCACCCACUGGUUGGUCCGGUAGAUUCUGGGGUCGAACAAGUUGCUCCUUUGAAGGAUCCGGGUCGGGUUCUUGUGGAACCGGAGAUUGCGGCUCCGGUGAAGUAGAAUGCAACGGCGCCGGAGCUUCUCCGCCGGCGACACUAGCGGAGUUCACGUUGGGUACCGGAGGGCAAGAUUUCUACGACGUGAGUUUAGUGGACGGGUACAAUUUACCCAUGGUGGUUGAAGCUUCCGGCGGGUCGGGUAUGUGUGCGACGACGGGUUGUGUAACGGAUCUGAACCAAAUCUGUCCGUCGGAGCUGAAGAGUGGCGGUGGUGACGCGUGUAGGAGCGCGUGUGAAGCGUUUAACAAACCGGAGUAUUGUUGCAGCGGCGCGUAUAAUUCACCGGCUGCUUGUAAACCGUCGAUGUAUUCACAGAUGUUCAAAUCUGCUUGUCCAAGAUCAUAUAGUUAUGCUUAUGAUGAUCCAACUAGCACUUUCACUUGCAGUGGUGCAGAUUAUACAAUCACAUUUUGCCCCUCUACCCCAAGUCAAAAAUCUACUAAAGAUACCACACCUACUACAACAACACCACCCAAUGGUGAUGGGUCAUAUGGUGGUAGUACAGGAGUUGUGGACCCAGCAAUAGGAGGAACCGGGUCAAGUUCGGGUCAAAUGGGAGCUGGGUCGGGCGCCGGGUUUGAGUACGGGGCAGGAACAGGUUACGGGUCAGGGUCACAAUAUGGAUCGGGAUAUGGAACAGGGUCAGAAUACGGGUCAGGAACCGAAACACAACCCGGAUCCGGGUCACAAGCUAUGUUAGCAGAUGGGUCAUAUUUAGCUGGAUUGGCUAUGGGAGAAUCAACGAGGGCAUUUUCAGCAACAGCUUUGAAUUUAUUAGGCAGUGCUUUGGCUGUAACUUUGAUUUCAUUUGUUUUCUUGUAGCUAUAAUGGGAGUGGUGUAUUUUUGCCUUUUGUCUAGUAAAGCUGAUAGAUUCCUCCAGAUUGUAAGCCCCCACUUUCUAUAAAUUAAUGUUCUUUAGCUAAGAAUUUUCCUUUUUUCUCUUGUUGUUGUUGUACUUGGCCAUAUUUUUCCUUUUCUAAUGUGUAAAUUAUAAUGCAAUAUUCUUUAUCCCUGGCCA